UUUUUUUUAAAAAAAACAUAUAUCUAUCUUUCUUUAAUAUAUAAAACGCGAAAGAUAAAAAAAAGAAAGAAUUAUUGAUUUUUUCUUAUUGUUUUAUUACUUUACUUUAUACGCUUAUAUAUACAUAUAUAUAUAUGGCUGCGCUGUCAUUUUGCUACGCACCACCUGUAUCGGGCCAAUAUGCCCAACAUAUCAACAAAGAUGAAACAACAACCAUAAGCAACUUACGUUCUACUUGUCAGAAAAUUAUGGCAGCAAGGAACUGUCAAAUUUCAUUCAUGUCCACCAAAACAAAACAGACAAAUAGCACAGAAUUCAAUCUUUCAUUGACCGGCUCGGCUCAGGCAAUCAUGGAAGCUCGUGGUGACUUACUCUUAAAUUGUCCUUUGGAGAUUAUGCUUACACUUCAGAUCCCACCCAACGCCAACUUGUCACUCUUGAAUGACCAUUGUCGUGAUCUCGAAAAAGAGUUUGACACCAAGAUCACCAUAGUACCCGAAAAAGCCAGUUGUUCUUCCCUUAUUUCAGACAACACAUUUACUGUGGAAAUAAUAGGGAGUCCUAUUCAAGUAGAACAAUGUCGUGUGCGCGUACUUGUGGCGAUUGAUGAAAUUAUGUAUGCCUUUAAAACCGAAAUAGUACGAUUGCCUUUGAAAUUACAGUACCUCAUUUGUGGAAGAAAGCGAGCUGGAUUAUUACCUAUUAUUGAAGAAACUUCAACCAACAUUUAUUUCCCUUCUCCAUUUACACAUCAUACCGAGACGAAGAAUACCAACAACGAAGAAGAAAAAGAUUUCCCAAUUUAUAUUACGGGUGAACAAGUACAUGUUUUACGUGUCAAAGACAUGUUGAACAAACUGGCUGUUCAAAAGGCAAAAUCAAUGUAUCACAAAGACACUGCACUUUAUGCAAGGAAAAUAGAUUGGCUUUUAUUACAUCGCCGAGAUGAAUUACGUAAAAUUAUGCACGAUAAUGGUGCCUAUAUUGAAUUUCCUACUUUGGGUUCUGGUGAUAACCGUGUCACUGUCUAUGCAGAAAACAGAGUAAAUGCAGAACGCACUUUGCGUGCACUUAAUUUCCAAGCGUGUAAUAUCUAUGAAGCCUGUUUCUUUUUCAACAAUGACGAUGGUGCUAUCUAUGAUCCUACUGGCUCACAUGCAUUUUUUGAGUCUACUACAAACCUGUCGAGUCUGGUGUCUCAACUUUCUCAAGUGUCUGGCUCAGAAGUCUUUUACAAGACAGAUCCUGGCUGUAUCGAAGUAUUGGGUGCAGAACGAGCCAUUCGAAAUGUCUAUCAACGUCUUCAAGAGAUGCAGUUUUUGCAAGUGUUUCAUCAAUAUACUGUCUUUCGAGUCGAGUCAUCUAACGAGCAACGCGAUUUUAUCUCGGGCAAAAAGAACGGUAAAAUCAACAAAAUUAUGAAGACCUCAGGUGCCAAAAUCCGGUUUGUUUCGUUUAUUAACGACUAUAAUUUUAUUAUUGAGGUCGAAAGUACGAGUUUCACAAAAGCGUUGGACGGUUUGACAUUACUUCAGGAAGAACUACCUGCUGAGAUUUCAUUUUAUGUGCCCGAAUCUUACCAUAAACGCAUUAUUGGUGUUGGCGGAAAAAACAUUCAGAGGAUCAUGAAAAAGUAUGGUGUCUAUGUCAAGUUUUCAAACACAGAAGAGUUUGCUUCCUUGGGUGGUUAUUACAACAACGAAGACAAUGUGGUAGCACGUACACCUAUGAAGAACCAAAUCAAUCUGGAUAAUUUACGCCAUGCUGUGAUGGAAUUGAUUCACCCUAAAGACCGUGAUUAUAUGGUAGAGUCAAUUCAGAUUCCUUUUCAUUUGCACCGCCUAUUGAUUCAUGACUAUCAAGAUACGUUUAUUACUGAAGAAUUGAUCAAGAAGACAAACACGCAUGUCUUGUGGCCUGAUGCAGAACUAGCCAGUAACACAGUUGAAUUGCUCGGUCCUGAGGCACACAUGUCUAUGGCUUUUAAGAUGAUGGAAAGUAUUGUGCCAGAAGCUUAUGAUUUGUAUGUUCCUACCAGUACCGCUUUUCACGAAGCAGUUCAGUCAGACUUGUUUCAAAAGAAAGUGGUGAGUGUGCUUGAUCAAGACUAUCAGGUCUCUGUUGAAACCAGUGCCCCUACAUCUGACCGAGGUGGAUUUAUUCGACUGAACAUGACCAGAGACAAAAUCAGCCUUGUGUUACAAGAUGCUUUACGUGUUGUCAUUGAUUAUUUGAACAGUCAAAAAGUGCCCUUGUUUGAAAGCACCACAGCAGAAAAACUGUUCCAUGCAGUCGAAAAGAAGCAACAGUUGAUAGUAAAAAAAGGUAAUUUGAGUGCUAGCAGUAGUUCCAGUCUUUUGGACUCUACCUUGCUAAAGCAUCCACCUGCUGCUUCGUCCAUGUUGAACUCUGUCAGCAUGAUGCGGUCUUCCACGGACACAGUCUAUAUUGCACCUUUCAGUCAAAAACAAGCCAAUACAUCUCCUCCCUCGCUUACACCUGCACAACCCGCUCAGUUUUUUAAUUUCACGAACGAUACUCCUCUUGAUAACAGUGGCUGGAUGUCUUCUUUGGCCCCUUCUGUGCAACCACAACCGAUACCUUCUACUUCUCUUCAAUCGAACGGCAGUGGUAAUAGUGCUGGUGGUGAUAACAACAAUAACACAAACAGUCAUUUGCGAGCCAUUUUUGAUGCUCCUAUGGAACUUACUGAACAAGAACGUGCUGUUUUGUCCAAUUAUCGUUAUCAACGCAUGAAUAUGCCUCCUCCUCCUCCCUCCAAUUUCGGAUUUCCCCAGGCUGUACCUUCUGCACCUACGUCAGAUAUCUGGUCUGCACCUACAGCACAAAUUUCAGGGAACCGUCGAUCUGCUUCAACUGCAUUUUCGCCUAAUACGAUGACAAGCCCACCUAGUAGUCAUCAUCGAGCAACAACAACAACAACAACAACAACAACAACAACAACAGGAACAACAGGAACAACUUAUGCACAAAGUGUCACGAAUGAAAAUCCAAACCUAAGACGAUACAAUGAAGCAAGUACUGGUGGUGGUAAUAAAAAUGUGUUUUAUCCUUCGAUGCAUAUGGCAUCCAACGAAUUUAACCCUUAUAACGAUUCACCUACACUGAAAUCAAGCCAAUCGAUGCCUGAACCCAUGCUUGAAGCUCAUUUUAGUUCGAAUCGACCUAAUUUUCAAACAUCGCCUUCGUUUCAUGGAAGCCAAGCACAAGCCUUUGGUCAACUUCAUUUAGGUAAUUAUCGACCUACAAGCAGUGGUAACUUUGUGCCUCAAAACACACCACCUCAACAUGAACAACAACAGUUUUUCACCAACACCAAUGAAUUAAAUGUUGUCCAAAAGGUAUUUGAAAAUCUGUCUACUCAAAGCAGUGGUUCGUCAGGUUACGACCCUCGCCGUCAAAACAAUCAUGAUCAAGAAAAAGGUUCAAGACCUCCUCCAGGUAUUGACAUUUAAACAUGUAUAGUCAUAUGCUGAAAAGAGUCUACAUUUUAUCCCCCUUUUUAUUAUCCCUUUUUUUUUUUUUUUAUCUCCUAGAAUUAAUAUCUAUAGUCUUUAUAUAGAAAUCAUUAAUCCACGUAUAUAUACAUAUAUUCUCUUUCUCUUUUUACAUAGACUUAUUCCUAUAUAUAUAUAAAACACACACACACACACUCAUAUAUAUAAUAUAAUAUA